AUGUCAACAACCAGGGCGGCGGGCAGUGCGAAAAAAAGGGGGCAUCAACAUCACCCUAGAAACGAAGGUACCAGGAAAAGGUUAGCCCUAGAAUUAUCACCUGACAAACCCUUAAGCGAAUACAGCAUAAAUAAUGUAGUGACAGCGCAAAAGUCGACAAUAAUAAAUGAAAACACUGUGAUAAAAGAUAGUGCCUUCCCUGAAAAUAGUUCGAAAAAUGUAAUAGCCAGUCAAUCACAAAGUCCCACAGAAAGUACCAUCAACAAAUGUGAUAUAGAAGUGAUAGAUUUAACAAAUUGUGAUGAUGAUGAUGUUAAAGUUGUUAGUAUAAAGGAACCAAGUCCUACCAAAACAGAUAGUUACGAAAGUUGUAGUAAAAGUGUUAAAGAUGAUCGUAAUAGUAAAAUUCGAAAGCUUAAAAAAUCUAGGUCUAGUAAAAAUGACACCCAAAGUGAAACUAAAGAAAAACAAGAUAUGUCUCUUGUUCAAAGACCAGAAGCAGAAGGUUCCAGUCAGAGUGACAUAGAAAAUGAACAAGGUCCUGUUGAUCCAGAAAUAGAAGAGUUAUCAAAGCUCCGCUGUACGUCAGAAAUGACUGAAGUGGUAGCUGAAAGAGAAAAACGCAGAAGGAGAUGUGCUGAUUAUCCAGGCUUGGCAUUUGCUAGUUCCAUAUUUAGUUCAGAUACCUUAAUGAAGUUUUCCAUUAUCAAAAAUGAGCUGCAUAAUAUUAUGAAUACACAAUUAAAGAGGGCUGAAUCCGAAGUUGCCGCCCUCAACCGUCGUAUCCAAUUGUUGGAAGAAGACUUGGAACGCUCAGAAGAACGUUUAGCCACUGCCACCGCCAAAUUGGCUGAAGCCUCACAGGCAGCCGAUGAAAGCGAAAGGAUACUCAAAGCAUUAGAAAACAAGACAAAUAUGGAAGAUGACAGGGUGUCCCACUUAGAGCAGCAAUUGACACAGGCCAAAUUAAUAGCAGAGGAAGCUGACAAAAAAUACGAAGAGGCCGCCCGAAAGCUGGUACUGAUUGGAUACAGGUUCUCGCAACGGGCCAGUAGAAAAGAUCGAGCCGUACCAGAGCGAAACACAAAAUUGUAGAACUUGAGGAAGAACUUCGCGUAGUAGGCAACAACUUAAAAUCCCUUGAAGUAUCAGAAGAGAAGGCACCGCCGCAAAGGAUAAGUCGUGUACUCUGUUACGUUAAAACAGGUGGAGCAGCAGUUGAGAGAGGCUGAAGCAAGAGCUGAAUUUGCAGAACGUUCAGUACAGAAACUCCAGAAGGAGGUCGACAGACUAGAAGACGACCUUUUGCUGGAAAAAGAAAAGAACAAAAUGCUCGCUGACGAGAUGGAAGCCACCUUGCAUGAUAUCCAAAAUAUGUAA